AUGGCUGGAGUCGCAUACAAGAAUGAGAAACCUUUGGCUGACAACACUGAGCACCGCAUUCGUCUCACCCUCACUUCUCAGGAUGUUAAAUCCCUUGAGAAAGUGUGCGCUCAGCUGAUCGAAGGCGCUAAGAAGGAGAACCUUGUGGUAAAAGGUCCUAUUCGUCUUCCAACGAAAGUGCUACGCAUCACCACUCGCAAGACUCCUUGUGGAGAAGGGUCAAAGACCUGGGAUCGUUUCCAAAUGCGCAUUCAUAAGCGUCUCAUUAACCUGCACACACCUGCUGAUCUCUUGCGCCAGAUCACCUCCAUCUCCAUCGAACCCGGAGUCAAUGUUGAGGUCACUCAGGCCAACUAA